AUGACCUUUGUAAAUGUCAAUGGAAAAUGUUCAGACUGUCAUUCCAUGUUCUAUGGAACAAUUGAUGCAGUUCCAGCAACAAAUGCGAGGGUUAUAAUGAAGAGCAGUUUUCAUGGAGAUUUCCGUAAGAUGCAUAACCAUAAACGAAGAUUAAUUGGAUCACGGAAAGAAAGAGUUAUGAAUACAAUGAUGAAUAAAAAAACUGAUCCUUCUGUAUUUGUUCGAGAAGAAGCUGCUGUACUUAUGAGAGAAGGUGAUGCCGUUCCUGCCCAAAUACCUAACUUAGGAGCGUUGCGAGUUCCAAAGCAUAGAGCACUGGUUAGUAAUAGGCUUCAUUCAGAUCCAAUGGUUGCCGUGAGAAAAAUGAAAUAUCUUGGAGAAUUUCCUAAUACUAUUCAUGACAUUGUUUAUGAUAAAACAUUCGUUCAUUUUUGGAGUAACUUACAGCUUCAAAUUUAUAAAGAGUAUUCAAGAAAAGAAAGGAUCAUAACUGUUUCAUUCGAUGCUACAGGUGGUUGUGUUAGAAAAAUUAAAAGAAACGAAAAUAUACGUAGUGGCCCAAUUUUUUUGUAUGAAGGUGUCAUGAGUAUUGAUCAACAUACCUUUACUGUUAUGUCUAUGCUCUCUGAACGCCAUGACAAAUUAUCUAUUAGUAUAUGGCUUAACAGAUGGCUUCGUUGUGGAGUUAAAUCCAAAAAAAUCGUUAUAUGUGACCAGUCUCUUGCCUUAAUGUCAGCUUUAACUCAAACAUUUACUCAGUAUAAAUCCUUUGAGCAGUACCUUCAAGUUUGUUUUUCGAUUGUAGUUUUAAAAAAAGAAGAAGAGCUUCCGACCUGCUUCAUAAGAAACGAUGUCAAUCAUUUUGUACACCUUAUAUCGCAAUGGAAAGAAGUUAAAGACUCCAAAUUUGUCCGAACAAAAGAGUUAAUUAUAAGGGGGAUGGGACUCCUUAUUCUUUGCACAUGUAUAUAUGAAGCUGAGCAAAUAUUAGAAGCGAUGUUUACGAUAAUUUGA